AAAAAUUACAGCAGCACAACAGGAUGCAGGAGAAUGUACCUGGAGAGCUCAGUACGGUCCCUCCUCCAAGCCAUGUAAAAAUAAAAAACCCUGCAGCUAAUCCCCGACGAAUGCGACGGAUUAUUGCUGAAGAUCCUGAAUGGAAUCUAGCCAUAGUUCCACACCUCACUGAGCUCUGCAUCCAGCAUAUAAUCAACAAUUUUGAAAAGAAUCCUAUCUUGGAACACCUACUUCCUGAUCACCAAAAGACAGUGCUAGAAAAGAUCUCCACAAGCCUACCCCUUACUGUGACUGCCAAUUUGAUCAGUGAUGAAGGCUACUGGAAACGGUGCUGCACUGAAAGAUGGACAGUUUGUGAUGUAUCCAUCUAUGGAAACAGUUGGAAGCAGAUGUUUUUUGAACGUCACUUGGAAAACAUUUUGAAGUUCUACAUUCCAGAUACUACUAGUCCCAACCAAAUUCUGGGUAUCAUUCCACUCUGCAAGGAGUAUGUGAAAAAACUAGAGAUUGACCAGUUUCUUCCACCAGUGGGGCUAGAUCAAAAGAAGGAAGAUGAAGAUGUGUCUGAUACUGAAAGUGAUGCUGGAAUAGAUGAACCUUCUAUGGACCAUUUUGAUUUGAGCCUGCUUGUUCCUGCACUCUGUCAUCUUGAGGAGCUUCAUCUUUCAUAUGGUGUUAAAGACUGUGGCAUGAAUUUUGAAUGGAAUCUUUUUGAAUUCACUUAUCGAGACUGUUGCUCACUGGCCAAUGCUAUUAAGAAAUGUCCAACUCUGAAAGUAUUCAAGCUGAUACGUAGCAAAGUGGAUGAUGAUAAAGCCAGGAUACUGAUCCAACACCUAUUGGACCACCCUUCAUUGGUAGAAUUAAACUUAUCCCACAAUCUGAUUGCAGACAGGGGAGCUCGAGCUAUUGGCAAGCUAAUUAACCGCAGUAAGAUGGUAACACUUAACAUCUCUGAUAACCGGAUUCGGGCCCAAGGAGCCCAGUCUAUAGCUCAUGCGCUGUUCAAGAAUUCUACCCUGACAUCCCUCAAUUUACGACUCAACUGUAUUGAGGAUGAAGGAGGCCAAGCCAUUUGCCACGCCCUUCUGGGUAACAGCACACUGACAACUCUUCACUUGGGUGGCAAUGAACUGUCAGAGCCGACAGCCACCCUUUUCUCUCAAGUCUUGGCUCAGAACACAGCUUUGACUCAUAUCAACCUCUCCUGCAACCACAUUGGACUAGAUGGAGGGAAGCAAUUGCUGGAAGGCAUGUCUGAUAACAAGACAGUAGUGGAAUUUGACCUCAGACUGGCAGAGGUGGGACAAGAGAGUGAAUAUCUUAUUAAUCAGACUCUAAAGGCCAAUCAGGAAUUAGCCCGUCUCAAAAACCUGCAUCUUUCCACCACAAACAACUGAGGAAAAACAUUCUGCCUAGUAUAGUUUUGACAUUGCCUCUUCACUCACGUUUGUUUAAGUAUCUGUUUUUAGGUAAGCACUGUGAUCAAAGUUACUUGUUCUCAGCUUGUGACUGGAUGGGUGUAACUUCAUAUCCAUCUACCACUUUUGUGAAGUUUUUGCAGAUGUCUAAGAAUUCAUGCUCUUGUAUAAUUAAGCCUGUAACUAAGCCCGAGCAUGUAACUGAAAUAACCACAUAUACUGCAUCCCUGUUUAGUUCUGCUUCUUUGUUCCUUCAUUCCUCUGUUACCUCUCCUUGGUCAGUUUUAAAUGGUAAAUUCUUUGUACUGUAUAAAGCAUACAGUGAGUGUUCUUUAUAAUUUAACAAUUCAUUUAAAAUUACAGUUUAGUUUGCAAUUCUGGAAACCAAACAUUAUACACUGAAUAUGUAACAAAUACUGUUGUUAAAUAAUAAGAAAGGAUUCAAGGUCUAAUACUUCUUAUCAGAUUUAAAUUUAAUACCUCAAAAGAACUGGUAAAAAUAUGUUAGCUGAAGUGUGGCAAAUUGUAUCAGGAGAGCUUUAAACUGAAUUGUUUGGAGUUUCUAAAU